CUCGGAGAUUUUGCCUUAUCUCAAGAGCGAAGUGAUGGACGGCGGUGAGGCAGAAUUUCACGCAAUAGUAACCUGACGGAAGCGGCGUUUUGGCUGCCGAAUAGUCGCUUCUUGAAAGGAAUUUUUGGACUGUUUACUUACCAAAUAGAAACAAACAAAAGCCGGUUUAAUUCGGUGCCUGUUUGUGUUGAAGAGAACCUGGCCAUCGAUUUCAGUAGGCUUUUUAAAGCGCUUGCCUCAACUCUGCGCCGUUACCCGUUGCAGUUGCUUAUGUGACCAGGAUACUAGAUAGAUAUGCUGCGAGAUACAAGGAAAUUGUUACUGGGUCCCCUCAAAGUGGUAUGUUUACACAGUGUGUGUAUGUAUUGCAGAAAAUCAAGAAUUAUAGCUGUAAAAUGCUUCAAAGGUACUUUGACUUUUCAGAGAAGUUACAGUUAUCCAGCAGGUGAAGUGAAAUCUUUGCGCUCUAUUAUCACUCCACCUGCCUCUAAAAUCCGCAACAUUGGCAUCAUGGCUCACAUAGAUGCAGGAAAAACAACUACCACCGAAAGGAUGCUGUAUUAUUCUGGAUACACAAGAAACCUUGGAGAUGUUGAUGAUGGGGACACAGUCACAGAUUUCAUGGCACAGGAGCGAGAACGUGGCAUUACCAUUCAAUCUGCUGCUGUAACUUUUGAUUGGAAGGGCUACAGAAUAAAUCUGAUAGACACACCAGGUCAUGUGGAUUUUACAGUGGAGGUGGAACGUUCCCUGAGAGUGCUGGAUGGAGCAGUGGCUGUAUUUGAUGCCUCGGCUGGUGUGGAAGCUCAGUCUUUGACAGUGUGGAGACAAGCAGACAAGCACCACAUACCACGGAUUUGCUUCUUAAACAAGAUGGACAAAAAUGGAGCAAGUUUCACCUAUGCAGUUGAGAGUAUCAGGCAGAAGUUGAAGGCUAAGCCUCUGCUUUUACAGUUGCCAAUUGGAGAGGGAAAGAACUUUAGGGGAAUAGUUGACGUGGUGACCGCGAACCAAAUUAUUUGGAAAGCUGCAACUGAGUUGGAUGAUGGAAAGAAUUUUGAACAGAAACCCUUGGAAGAAACUGAUGAUCCUGACUUGCUAAGGGAUGCCAGGGAUACAAGAAAUGCCUUAAUAGAACAAGUUGCAGACCUGGAUGAUGAAUUUGCUGAGCUGGUCCUUGGGGAUUUCAGUGAGAAUUUUGAUGAAUUGCCAGCUGAUAAGUUGCAUUCUGCUGUACGAAGAGUAACUCUAGCACAGAAAGCUGUACCUGUGUUCUGUGGAAGUGCACUGAAAAACAAAGGUGUUCAGCCAUUAUUGGAUGGUGUCACCAGGUAUUUGCCUGCACCGGAUGAACGCAGCUACGACUUUGUGCAGUGGUAUAAAGAUGACCUGUGCGCUCUAGCAUUUAAAGUUAUUCAUGACAAACAACGUGGGCCAUUGGUUUUCUUCCGCAUUUACUCUGGCACAAUGAAGCCUCAGUCAGCUGUCUAUAAUAUUAACAAAAACUGCACGGAGAGAAUGAGUCGCCUGCUUCUGCCUUUUGCUGAUCAGCAAAUAGAAAUCUCUUCGCUGACGGCUGGCAACAUUGCCCUCACAGUUGGAUUGAAACAGAGUGCCACUGGCGACACCAUUGUUUCGUCAAAGGCUUCAGCAAUGGCUGCAGCUCAACAAGCUGGAAGAAAUGUGGGGUCAAAGCACGGCCGAAGCAGCGAAGUAGAGAAUCUUAUCUUGGCCGGCAUUGAGAUUCCAGAGCCAGUCUUCUUUUGUACCAUAGAGCCGCCUUCCAUGGCCAGGCAACCAGAUCUGGAUAAUGCCUUGGCUUGCCUGCAACGUGAGGAUCCAAGUUUGAAAGUCAAGAUAGAUUCAGACACUGGGCAGACUAUCCUUUGUGGCAUGGGAGAGCUGCACAUUGAGAUCAUUCAUGACCGAAUCAAACGUGAACAUAAACUUGAGACCUAUCUGGGACCUCUUCAGAUAGCUUACCGAGAAACAAUCCAAAACUCUGCUAAGGCUAUAGAUACGCUGGACAGAACUGUAGGAGAAAAACGGCACCAGGUGACUGUAGAAUUGGGAGUGAGACCGUGGGCGGGAGAAAUGUCAGCAACAGCACCAGUCAUUGAGUAUGUGGAGAACAUCUGUGACUCCCUCCAGCCAGACCUUCGUGAAGCUAUAGCAAACGGAAUCCAUACAUCGUGCCUUCAAGGACCACUGCUGGGGUUUCCAGUUCAAGAUGUAGUAGUAACGGUACAUGCAGUGACUGUAAGCUCAGAUACAUCUCUGACGAUGGUUUCUGCUUGUGUUUCUCGUUGCAUGCAAAAGGCUCUGAAGAAAGCUGAUAAACAAGUGCUGGAGCCUCUCAUGAACCUGGAAAUAACAGUGGGCAGAGAUCACCUUGGUGCCGUACUGGGUGACCUUGCACAGAGAAGAGGCAGCAUUCAGGAAAUUCAGGGUCGCCAAGACAACCAAGUUGUAAUUGCAUCUGUUCCAUUGGCUGAAAUGAUGGGUUAUUCAACAGCUUUGCGCUCUUUGACAUCUGGCUGUGCAACAUUUACAUUGGAAUUGGCAAGCUACCAAGUGAUGAGUCUCCCAGAGCAAGCUGCUCUGCUUAAGAGGAGUGGUUUGCAGUAGUAUCAGCAUGGAGGAACAAGGAAUUGCCUCUA